AAUGAAAUUACUUUUAGGAGAAAGGAAUUGAAGUGUGGGUUAAACCGGUCACACCAAUCAUUAAUACCGUCCAUACCUAUGCUAUUGUUUAUUUAAAUCGCAAUGAUUUGGGAACACCGCAUAUUGUAUCGUUGAAACUGUCAUCACUGAUACCAAACCUAUCACCGGAUCCACUGUAUUAUGUGACCGAUUUGUACGAUAAUUCAAAACUGAUCGCCAAAUUGUCUAAUAAUGACAACUUGACUCUCAAAGUCAAUACUUCCGGAAGUGUCCGAAUGAAUUUCUUUAUAUUCUCUUCCGAUUUGUCGCAAAUCAUUGGACAUAAGCAGAGGGGCCGACCAAAUGGCCCACAAAGCCAUCUGUGCUCUGCUUUGCUCUAA